CCAAACUGGAUUCCCGUACAGCUCCUGCUACAGAUUUGCUCCUGUGUCAUUUAUAAACGUCCGUGUUCUGUGUACGGUUCGUUAAAAUAAAUGAUUUUUACGGAUUAUUACUGAACGUAUCAAAACUUCGACACAACAUAUCCACCCUUAUUCUACUACUGGUGUAAAACAUAAUGCGUUAUAUUUUUGUAUAAACUCGUCUCGGUGGACGUUGAAGCUUUUCUAACUAGCUUAGCUUAAAUUGCUGGCCGCUGUUAACAACAGAUCGCUAAACAGAGGGAAAAGUACACAUUGCUGUGAUCAUUGUGUGAAAAUGUGUACAAAAAUUAUGAAAGAAGAGUAUACGGAGGAACUUUCACAGUCGAAAGAGGAGAACGAGCGACAACGUCAACUACUGGACUCAUUUUUCUCAAAACCCGAACCUGUCUUACACGGAACAGACAUCAGUGAAGAAUAUCUUUGUCCUGAGCAUCAGCAGCAGCCACAGCCUCCUCACAUUAAGGAAGAAGAGGAGGAGGAAGGGCCCCUCUGCAUUGACAACAAAGUGGACAAUGAUAUCACCCAGUUUCCAUUGACUGGUGUUCCUUUGAAGAGUGAAGAUGAUGACUACAAAGGUCAAAGUGAGGAAAAAGUAGUGGCUGAGCUUCCAAGCAGCAGCUCAAGUCAACACAUGACAACAGUAGAUGAUGGAGACACCCUUGGAGAAUCACAAGCACAUGCCCUCUUAGCUCCACUAUCGGAUCAUGACAUUACAUAUGAUGAUGAUGAUGAUUGUGAUGAUCAACACUCAAAAGGUGAUCUGACAGGUCACAGUGACUCCAAAAACGUGAAAUGCUCUCAGUGUCACAAAACGUUUUUCAACAAGUCAUCGUUGAAAAGACAUAUAAGAACACACACUGGAGAGAAACCUUUUUCCUGCUCAGUGUGUGGUCUUAAGGUAACUCAAAGGAGUAGUUUGACAGACCACAUGAGAAAGCACACUGGAGAGAAACCUUUUGCCUGCCCACUCUGCAAAUUAAGUUUCGGGAGUCGUUGCUAUUUAAGAACACACAUACGAUUGCACUCUGGGGAGAAACCUUUUUCUUGUGCGGUUUGUGGUAAAGGAUUCUCUCUGAAGGGAGAUUUAAGAACACACACAAGAACACACACCGGGGAGAGACCUUUUGUCUGCUCAAUUUGUGGCAAAAGGUUCACCCGGAAGGGACAUUUGAACACACACACAAGAACACACACCAGGGAGAGACCUUUUUCCUGCUCAGUUUGUGGUCAAAGAUUCUCAGAAAAGGGAAGCAUGAUAAAACACACAAGAACACAUACUGGAGAGAAACCUUUCGCCUGUUCAGUUUGCGAUCAAAGAUUCUCUGACAAGGGAAACUUGAGGACACACACUAGAACACACACCGGAGAAAAACCUUUCUCAUGCUCAGUAUGUGGUAAAAGAUUCUCUGAAAAGAGAAACUUAAAAACACACACACAAACACACAUGAGGAAGAAACUUUUUACCAGUUCAGUCUGCCAUAUUGGUUCAAAAGUGGAAGACCUUCAUCAUGAGAAGCAGUAACAGCAGUCAUCCCAUAUUAAAGAGGAAGAGGACCAUGAUAUCACCAGGUUGCCAUUGACUGUUGUCAUUGUUAAGUGUCAAGAAGAUGAUGAUCAUGUGAAAGUUUUUCAAUUGAAGAGUUUAAUCCAAAUAGAUGGUUUGACGGACAGGUAUUAAAACAAAACUAAAUACAACUCAGUAGUGUAUUAUGCUUUAUAAUAUGUAUUUGUUUGAAAUC